AUGAAGCCAACCAUCUUCCUCUCGCUCAUAACCCUCCCCUUCACCCUAGCCGGCACAAUCAACAAAGCCAAAGCGUCAUCCCCCGACUUGAUCGCAUCCAUCGCCGAAUUCCGCUCCAUCUUUGAUCCUGAGUCCUCAGUUAUCUUGCCGAGACAGGAUAAGGGUCGAAAGUGUGAAGAUCUCGAGGGUUGGAAACGGUGCCGGCUGUCCGUCAAAUUGUGUUGA